CGGUAGUAGUCCGGUCGGUCCUGGAAGCCAGACAUUCCUGCGUGCUGGCCACAACACCGAAGUCGCCACUAGUCGCAUCACUUAUCACCGGAACGUCUAUUCACUACCGUCAAGAUGGCGAUCGCAGAGCAGGGCAUGGUCAUGAUCGUGGUGGGGGCGAUAUUGAUGUUUCUCAACACCUUCUUCGUCGGUCUACGCCUGUAUACUCGGAUCUUCAUCACAAAGCAUGUCCGACCCAACGACUACCUACUACUUACAGCUCUGGCCGCUUUUGCAGCUCUUUACGCUCUCUUGGUCCUAGGUGUUCAAGGUGGAAUUGGCGGCAGCAUUCUCCAGGCGACACUCCCUGGCAUCGCCAGUUCUCUCAAAGUACUCUUUUUCCUGGAAAUUAUUUACGUGGUACUCACCUCGGCAAUGAAAGGAAGCAUUGCUUUGACCUUCAUUCGACUAUCGCGCUCGAGGAUCCUGACUUCUCUGUUCUGGGUAUCGAUUGGCCUGGACGUGGCCAUCAGCCUUGCUUUCAUCAUCUACUUGUUGGUCCAGUGCCAGCCGAUUGAUUUCGCAUGGAGAUUGCUGGAUGCGAACGCAAAGGGGCACUGCCUGCCUCUCACGGGUCAGCUCUAUAUGGGAUAUGCGCUGUCUAUCGUGACGGCGACCCUGGAUGGUCUUUUGAUGGUUUCACCAUGGAUCAUGAUGAGAGGCCGCGGCCUGAACUCAAGAUUGAAGAUGUACAUUUACGGCAUCUUCGGCUUGGGAAUACUCGCGACAAUCGCAAACAUCAUCCGCCUUGUGGCACUGGUCAAACUCAAGGGGUCAAGCGACCAGCUUCUCGACGCUGCACCCGUAUUCAACUGGUCCGCCAUCGAGGUCAGCAUUGGCAUCAUCAUUGCCGGAUUGAUCGAACUCGGCCCGCUUGCCGCCAAGUACAAUAUCAAGGGUUUCGAGUCCUACGCUGGCGACGACACUGUCAUGCUCACAAAGCCAAUUACUCACGAGUCAAGGGUGGACGACUACGAGAUGGAAACAAGAAAAAUGUAA